AUGAGUUCACGCUCAGCUUCCACUGUUUCUGGGCCCUCACCACCUCAUGGCAGGGGCGCGUGCAAGCCACGUCCCCAUUUGGAACCUUCGCCGCUACCUUUGCAGCCUAUCGAAAACGCCCGCUCGAAUCAAGACCGCGUCUUGUAUCCGAUUACCUCUGGCUCCCGGAGAAUAUCCCCAACAAAAGCCUAUAGAGGAUCAGCUGCUUCACUUUCUGGGCGAGGGAAGUUAGGUUUCGUCUCGAUCACAGCCCCCCCUCCGCCAGCUUUUACCACCGAUUCACCCGCAAAGCGACCCUCUCUUCCCGCGUUCAGUCAUAUUGCUGCUCAUCCAUCGAUGCCGCAGUCUGCCCUUUUCACAACGUUCCCCUCAGUGAACCCUGGAAAGCGCCUACAUAAAGAGACUCGGAUGUUGGACGAUACCCCCAGUGAUAGUUUCGCCGACUUCCCUGAGCCGCCCUUGAUAUCCAAACAUCCCAUGAAAAGGACGCUUUUAGACGCGGCACCACUCAAGGAGCGAGCAACAAAGAAGCCAAAGCGCGAAGACAUCACCGUGAUGCGGCUUCCAGAACCAUACGAACUGCCACUGAUCGAAGAUGACGGGACGAAACCGCCGUACAGCUACGCAACCUUAAUCGGAAUGUCUAUUCUACGUGCUUCAAAUAGAAAACUCACACUCGCUCAAAUUUACAAGUGGAUAUCUGACACUUUCUCAUACUACAAGAACAGUGAUCCCGGGUGGCAGAAUAGCAUACGUCACAAUCUCAGCCUCAACAAAGCAUUUAUUAAGCAAGAGCGACCGAAAGAUGACCCUGGAAAAGGCAAUUACUGGGCCAUUGAGCCUGGAAUGGAAACGCAAUUUCUCAAAGACAAGCCUCUGCGCCGAGCGACAAUGUCAAGUCUUCCACUCCCGGCGGCUCCUCCUCGUGACCCGGCUCCCUUCCAGAGCUCUAGUACAACGACCUGGGCUGUUCCGCAACCUACAUAUGCUGCCGCAGCGAAAUCCUUUAAAGCAGUGGACCUGUCAUCUGACGCAACACUUCCUGCUUCUGACCCCGCUCUACAAGAAGAUACAGGGGAUGAAAGUGCACAUGCCAAUGUCUCACAGGCCCCCGCGCCUCGCUCUUCCCCUCCCCAGCCGAUACACUCCUCACCUCCUGUUGUACCCCCCCGCUACUCCCGGCAAGGAACCCCUCCAACACCAUCCCAGAAUAUUUUGACUUCUAGCAUUGCUCCUAUGCACAGCAAGCGCAAAACGCAUGCUAUGAACGAUAGCGGCUAUUUCUCGUCCUUGGAAUCUUCCGCUAUGCGACCAAAUAAGGCCGGGCAUAUCCUAACUUCAGAUUUGGAUUUGGAACCCCCUCGCAUCAAACGCGGCAGGGCAGAAGAAGAGAUUGCUCGGAUUCGAAGCUCUUCGCACGACACAAGCCCUAGCCAUUGUGGAGUGAUGAAAGAAUCAGGAAUAAUUGUUAAUUCCUCUCCACUCCGCGGCGAAUUUGUUAGCAUGCUCCCACCUCCAAUUACUCCCUUGAUCAAAUUCAAGAAACCAGCGAAACCACCGCCAUCCGUGUCACCGAACACUAACCUUCGUAACCAUCGAAAGAGAAUUCAGCAAAUGGUAAAUUCUCCGAUCAAACAUCUGGGAUUAAUGGAUGAGGAUCUUCCAUGGAGUCCCGCCUUCAAUAUUCAAGAUGAAAGUUUCACCCCCGGUGACGGCCUCAACACGAGCUUCGAUGUGUUUGCAGAUUCUGCCACGGAUAACAUAUCAACUCCGGCCUACGGUUCUCCUGAGAAACGCUCAGCCAAGCGUACCCGAACUGAACCGGGCGGCUCCAGCGGCAGUGUACUGGCAGAUAUCACAGCAGUCAGUGUCAACAAUCGGACUGGCGUGCCAUUAAUAUCAUCUAACAAAAAGAGUCUUUUCUUUCCUGACUCCCCGUCAAAAGCCCCAGAAGCUGGGCGCUAUACUGACUCCGCGCAUGAUGACUUCUUUUCAUUCCACCUUUUCGAUGAAAGCCCAGGAGAGGUCGAUGGCGUCGACCUUUUGCAGGGAUUUCAGAAGAUUGGGGAUGCAAACAAGGAAGAACCCUCCCGUCUCAAAUCAUAUCCACCGAGGCCGCAGUUCAAUAAUCGCAGCAACACGUCCCUGUUCUGA